UCAGGAGAUUUGUGCCACGCCGCGGCUGUUUGCAGAUAACCCGCAGGAGGGACAGGUGAAGCAAGGGCUGCUGGGAGACUGCUGGCUCCUGUGUGCCUGCGCCGCCCUGCAGAAGAGCCAGUACCUCCUGGACCAGGGAGACUCUGCUUCUCCCGGUGCCAGAGAGAGGAUGUGUUCUGGCUUCCCUUACUGGAGAAGGUCUACGCCAACUGGGCGUGGAGCCGUCACCUCCAGAGAGAGGAUGUGCAUCGCUCACCACUGCAAACCGUGGGAGGAGCGAAGCCACGCGGGUCUCAGUGCUUGUUUAUUGUCCUGCCUGAGACCGAGACCCUCACCCUGGGUCUGAAUCGCAACACUUCCCUCCUCGAGUGCAUUGCGCAGCCUUCCCGAGGAGGCCGCACCGCACUCGCUGAUGGCGGGGCUGCGGCGACGUUGGUGCGCCUCCGUCCACGGCCAGGGUGGAGGAGCGGGUGUUCACAGCCCGGCGCCCCACACCGCCUCGCGCUUGUGUCUGUGCUGGAGGCCGCAGGGCGUUGCUGGGCCGCUGGGCCAUACGGCCUUUGAGGGUCAGGUGUUGUCCCUUCCUGGUGAGGACGAGGCAGGAGUAAAGAGCGACUCAAGUAGGGGGGUCUAUGGGUCCUAUGAGCACCUGUGGGCAGGGCAGGUGGCGGAUGCCCUGGUGGACCUCACCGGUGGCCUGGCGGAAAGGUGGAACCUGAAGGACUUGGCGAGAACCAGUGGCCAACAGGCUGGGCCUGGCGGCUCGGAGCACAGGACUUGCCGGCAGCUGCUCAGCCUCAAGGACCGCUGUCUGAUAAGCUGCUCGGUGCUCAGCCCCAGAGCAGGGGCCAGGGAGCUGGGGGAGUUCCACGCCUUCGUGGUCUCGGAUGUGCGGGAGCUGCCUGGGCGGGCCGGCCAGAGCAUCCUGCUGCUGCGGAUCCAGAACCCCUGGGGCCGGCGCUGCUGGCAGGGGCCCUGGAGAGAGGGGGGCGAAGGCUGGAGCCGGGUGGACCCCACUGACGGGUCUGAGUUGCUGUCGCAGCUGCAGGAAGGAGAGUUCUGGGUGGAGGAGGAGGAGUUCCUCCGGGAGUUCGACGAGGUCACCGUUGGCUUCCCCAUCACGGAGGCCGGCCACCUGCAGAGUCUCUACUCAGACAAGGCGCUGUGCCACACUCAGGAGCUGCCCGGGGCCUGGGUCAGGGGGCAGUCGGCAGGAGGCUGUCGGAACAACAGCGGCUUUCCCAGCAACCCCAAAUUCUGGCUGCGGGUGUCGGAACCCAGCGAGGUGUUUGCUGCUGUCCUGCAGAGGCCCCGGGUGCGCGCAGCGGCCGGUGCAGGCCGGGCCCGGGCUCUGGCGGGGGACGAGCGUGCUGUGUGGAGCCCGGCCAGCCUCCUUGGCGAGGACUACCAGGCCGUGGGCCUGCAUAUCUGGAAGGUGGAGAAGCGGCGGGUCAGCCUGCCCCGGGUCCUGUCCACGCCCCCCGUGGCCGGCACCGUGUGCCACGCCUACGACCGGGAGGUGCACGUCCGCUGCGAACUCGGCCCCGGCUACUACCUGGCCGUGCCCAGCACCUUCCUGAAGGACGUGCCGGGGCAGUUUCUGCUGCGGGUCUUCUCCAGUGGGAGAGUCUCCCUCAGCGCCAUCAAGCCGGCGGCCAAGAGCCCGGGCCCUGGGGAGGCCCUGCCCGCGGGCGAGUGGGAGACUGUGCAGCUGCGCGGCUCCUGGAGGAUCGGCCGGACAGCAGGGGGCAGCAGGAACUUCGCCUCCUACCCCACCAACCCCUGCUUCCCCCUCGCCGUCCCUGACGGCGCAGGCCCCCGCUGCGUCCGGAUCACCCUGCGCCAGCACUGCCAGGACAGCCAGUGCCGCCCCAUCGGCUUCCACGUCUUCCAGGUUCCGGUGGACGGGGGUGGCCCGGGCGCGCCCUGCCUGCUGCUCCAGGAGCCUCUGCUGAGCUGCGUGCCGCACUGCUACGCCCAGGAAGUGAGCCGGCUGUGCCACCUGUCGGCGGGGACCUACAGGAUUGUGCCCUCCACCUACCUGCCAGACACAGAGGGGGCCUUCACCGUGACCAUCGCCACCAGGAUAGACAGGCGCUCCAUCCACAGCCGGGAGAGGCUGGGGCAGCUGCUGCAGGAGUCUUCCUUCCUGGCAGUUAUGAAAACCUAACUGGAUGAGCCUCCGCAUCAGCCCUGGCGACUUGGGGUUCCAGGGGCACCCUUGUGAGGUGCCACCCGCCCCAGCGUGGCGACAGCUGCACGUGUUCACGAGUCCAGGCCAAGAGCCCCGUCCUGCCAGGAGGUGGCCGUGGGGAGCAGGUGCCGCGGGAGGGUGUGUUCUCCGCGGCUGGGACCCUCCGGGGCGCCUGCCCCACCGCCCCCUGCUCCGAGAGCGAUCUGCGGCAGACGAGCGUGUAGCAGGACAAACCUCGUUUAGAUAUUUAUGUGCAACGUUUUUAGGAAGUAACUUUAUAAAUAAACUUGAAUACUGAGAGGUUUACA